CAUCCUGAAAUGUACUAAAAUAAUAUGCGGCUAAAGCUAGAGCUAAAAGUAAUACAGUGGAUGAGACAGUCGCGGUAGUCGUUGUGCUUACAUCACAAGGGACAAAAUAGGAAAAAAAUCGCAAAAGUGUGAGUGAAAGAGUGCAAGAUCUGGGCGGACCAUUUUCAAAAUUCAAAGAAAUGGCAGAAAGUCGAGGCUCUUUAUUGGCCAAGUCCGUGCAGAAGCAUGCAGGAAGAGCCAAAGAAAAGAUAUUGCAAAAUCUUGGGAAGGUCGACCGGACAGCGGACGAAAUCUUCGACGAGCACUUGCAGAAUUUUACAAGACAGCAGAACGCAGCGAAUAGAAUACAGAAAGAAUUCAACAACUACAUAAGGUGUAUACGAGCUGCACAAGCGGCUUCGAAAUCACUCCUCGAAGCGAUCGGUGAGACAUACGAGAGUCAAUGGACCGGUCACGAUCUUCUCUACGUCCAAACACAACAAAUCGACAUGUUAUGGCAAGAUUUUAGCCAUAAACUGGCCGAUCAGGUGCUCCUUCCAUUGAACACCUACCAGAGUCAGUUCCCGGAAAUGAGGAAAAAAAUCGACAAGAGGGGUAGAAAAUUGGUAGAUUUUGACAGUCAGAGGCACAGUUUUCAGGCGCUUCAGACGAAUAUGAAAAAACGGGACGACGCGAAAAUCGCAAAAGGACGCGAGCAGUUAGAAGAAGCCAAAAGGACUUACGAAAUGUUAAAUUCGGAAUUACACGAUGAGCUUCCCGCGCUUUAUGAUUCCAGGAUAUUGUUUUAUGUGACGAAUUUGCAAUCGCUUUUUAAUGCCGAACAUGUUUUCCAUUCGGAGGCCUCGAAAAUUUACGGCGAACUAGAGUCAGUGGUUGACAAGCUGGCAACGGACAGCCAGCGGGGGUCGUAUAGUCUUAAGAAAACCAACGGCUCUAGUCUGCCCCGUCCGGCCGACAAAAACUCGUCACCCUUAAUAAUCAACAAUAUUUCACCGAUUUCUUCACCUCAUCCCGAAGACCUUACACAAUCCCCAACUAAAAAAGAUCCACCUAAAAACGAAACGACGCAACUGUACGCUAAUGACCCGACACCAACAACUCCUCCCAAAUCAAAUUCAACUCCGGCAACUCCCGUCGAACCUGUAACUCCUCCUGCGAAAACCAAUCCCCCUGAAACAAACGGAGAGACAACUCCCGAUGGUAAAACUCCCUCCCAAGAACCUAGCGCCCCUGCUAAUGAGAAAGCCAGUAUUAACAAUGCCCAAAACAAUAAAAAUGUCCAGGAAUUGUACGAUAUUCCCGUGGGCGCUAGUACUGAUAAUUUGCCACCAGGUGUCUUGUAUAGAGUCAAGGCGACUUAUAAAUACAACAGGGAGGAUGUUGACGAGUUGUCGUUUGAUGUUGGGGAGAUAAUUCAAGUGGUGGAGUAUGAUGACCCAGAGGAACAGGAGGAGGGAUGGCUGAUGGGUCUGAAGGAAAAUACCGGGGAGAAAGGGAUGUUUCCGGCGAAUUUCACGAGGCCACUCUAGACCAAUCAAAUAAGGGGUGGAUCUGUCAAAUACUAACAAAGGACUUCCAGGAUAGUCCAAGUGCCUUAUGUGAAUUUGUUUUAUUUUUACAAUGCUCACUGUUAAUUUAUUCACUUAUACUAUACAUGAUAUUAUUUACAGAUUUUAUUCCUUGAAUUAUGUAAAAGAUCUGAUUUUAAUUGGUAAUUCGGUAAUUAGCGUUAAGUACAAAUCUGAUAUAAUCAAAUAAUGCUUGCUCAUGUAUGCCUAAAAACGGAACAUUUCUUCUAAUCAAAUAAUUAUAGACUUAAGAUUUACAAUAAUUUUAAUGCAUUUUUCCAUACCAGCACUAUGAACAUGAACAUUUUUUCAGCCUAGUCAUCAAAACACUGCUCAAAUUUGAUAAUAAAUUUCCACUGUUUAAAGCUAGUCACUUCGGGAAAAUCGCAUCAAGGUGUUUCGGGAUCAAUCAAUUCAGGUGCCAAGAGGAUAAGUGACGGAAAUUUGUAAAUAUUUACAUUGUUAAAGUGAUUGAAGUAAUUAUGUUGUUGUUAUUUUCUUCACGUUUUCUUCAAAUGUUCAUAUUUGUGCCUUAAAUAUAUUAUAUCUCGUUACUUUUGGUUACGUUAGUUAGAUCUGCUAUUCAGGCGAAGGAAUGUUAUGUGUAGUAAAUAUUCUGUACAAUAAAAUGUAACUUAUUUUUACUCAGUUAAUAUGUUUUAAUAUUUUAUUAUUAUUAACUAAUUUUAAGUAGAGUGUAUGUUCGGAUUAUGUUACAAUAAAGAUAAUUAUUAUGGUA